CGGGGCCCAACGGCUGCAGAGCGGUGUCUGAGAGUGAAGGCUGCCGUGGCUGAUUGCCGUCCUCCGUCCCGCGUGAGGUGGAGGGGAAGAGCCUCGAUUCUUGACAGCUUGAAACGUCCGCCAUGAGGAGAAGUGAGGUGCUAGCAGAGGAGUCCAUUGUAUGCCUCCAGAAAGCACUGACUCACCUUCGGGAAAUAUGGGAAUUAAUUGGGAUUCCAGAGGAACAGCGAUUACAAAGAACUGAGGUUGUGAAGAAGCAUAUCAAGGAUCUUCUGGAUAGGAUGAUUGCUGAAGAGGAGAGCCUGAGGGAAAGGCUUCUCAAAAGCAUAUCCGUCUGUCAGAAAGAGCUGAGCGGCCUGUGCAGUGAGUUACAAGUGAAGCCAUAUCAUGAAGAAAAAGAAACAACUAUCUUGCAACUAGAAAAAGAUUUGCGCACUCAAGUAGAAUUGAUGAGAAAACAAAAAAAGGAGAGAAAGCAGGAGCUUAAGCUACUUCAAGAACAAGAUCAAGAGCUCUGUGAAAUUCUCUGUAUGCCUCCCUCUGAUGUGGACAGCACCUCUCUCCCUACCGUAGAGGAGCUGAACCUGUUCCGACAACGUGUGGCCACGUUGAGGGAGACAAAGGAAUCUAGGCACGAACAAUUUGUGAACCUUAAGAGAAAAAUCAUAUUGUGUAUGGAAGAAUUAGAACACACUCCAGAUACAAGCUUUGAAAAAGAUGUAGUGUGUGAAGAUGAAAGUGCCUUUUGUUUAUCACUGGAGAAUAUUACAACACUACAGAAGCUGCUGCAACAGCUGGAAACGAGAAAAUCACAAAACGAAGCAGAGUGUGAGGCACUCCGGGCUCAAAUCCGAGAGCUCUGGGAUAGGCUACAGGUACCUGAGGAAGAGAGAGAACCUGUGGCAGCCAUGACUGGGUCAAAAGCCAAAAUCAGGAAUGCGCUGCUGUUAGAAGUGGAUCGGCUAGAAGGACUGAAAAUGCAAAACAUAAAGCAAGUGAUUGAGACAAUUCGAGUAGAGCUGGCUCAGUUCUGGGACCAGUGCUUUUAUAGCCAGGAGCAGAGGCGGGCUUUUGCCCCCUACUAUUCUGAGGACUACACAGAGAACCUGCUCCAUCUUCAUGAUACUGAGGUCAUACGGUUAAAAAACUACUAUGAGGUUCACAAGGAGCUGUUUGAAGGUGUCCAGAAAUGGGAAGAGAGCUGGAAACUUUUCCUAGAGUUUGAGAGAAAAGCUUCAGAUCCAAGUCGAUUUACAAACAGAGGGGGAAAUCUUCUAAAAGAAGAAAAAGAACGAACAAAGCUCCAGAAAACACUCCCUAAGCUGGAAGAAGAGUUGAAAGCACGAAUUGAAAAGUGGGAACAAGAACAGUCAACAGCAUUUGUGGUGAAUGGGCAGAAAUUCAUGGACUAUGUUACAGAACAGUGGGAAUUACAUCGUUUGGAGAAAGAGCGAGCCAAACAGGAAAGGCAACUAAAGAACAAGAAACAGACAGAGACAGAGAUGCUAUAUGGCAGUGCUCCCCGGACACCGAGCAAGAGACCAGGACUUACUCCUAACAAGCCUGGAAAAGUACGCAAGAUGAACACCACCACCAUGUCCAGUGCCACACCCAAUAGCAGCAUUCGGCCUGUCCUUGGUGGAACAGUGUACCAUUCACCUGUGUCUCGAUUACCUCCUUCUGGCAGCAAGUCAGCAGUCACUUCUAUGUGUUCUGGAAAGAAAACACCUAGAGCUGCCCGGCUUAGGGCCAACAAGGAGAAUAUGGAGCUCAAUGGCAGCAUCCUGAGUGGUGGGUACCCUGGCUCGACACCUCUCCAGCACAACUGCAGCAUUAAGUCUGUUGCCAGCACCUAUUCUGAGUUUUCGAAGGACCCAGCCCUCUCUGACAGCUCCACUGUUGGGCUUCAGCGAGAACUUUCAAAGGCUUCCAGAUCUGAUGCUGCUUCCCGAAUCCUCAAUUCAACCAACAUCCAGUCCUGAGAACCCCUGAGUUAGCCUCGCUCUGGCUCCCUGUGCCUACACUGGACUGACUUAUACCAGGGGUGACUUUCAAGUUUUUCAUCAGUUUAGAUAUAUUUGAAACAACCUUGGGCAGGUUCUGUUUCCAUGGGCCUAACUUAGAUAUGAGUGUAGUGAGUUCAUGGAGACACCUUAAAACCUAGUUUAUGACACUUUAGUACCAAUUUUAAUAUCUGAUACCUAAACUGUUUUCUCUACCCCAUAAUUAUACUUAAAGAAUGAUCGCUACUAUAUUGGAAAAUGAGAAAAUGAUUAUGUCCAGUUUGGGGAUAAGAGACAUGAAGAAUUGUGGCAUGUAGACUUGAAAUUAGCAAUGAACAUCUUUUUAUGUUGUUGUUUUUGUUUAGGGAACAUUCAGUUAAUGCUGUAGCUAUGGCAGCUUUAAUCUUAUCCAGAGGCCUGGGCUCUGUACUAUCCCAAUGAGCAUUUCUUGUGUUUCAGCAUUUGAGAUGUCUUGACCUGCUGCCAAAGAGUAGCAGUAACAGUUGUUUAUAUAGUGCAAUCUCUUUGAGAUCUGUGUGUAUAAACACACAUUUGUCUGACCAGUUCUCCUCCAGUCUCUCAUCCCUGUGUUCACUAUACCUAGUUUUAUUCCCUAUAGUUGACAACUAAAUGGCGAGGCUAUCUAGGUGAGAUGGGCCGUUUCUGUCAAAAACUCAGCAAAUUUGCACAUCUAUAAGGGAGUCAUUCCUGUAAUCACAUCCACAAUGAGGCUUUUUACCUACCCAGUCCAUCACUACUCUUCCCAAAGCACUAUCUAUUAUUUAUUCUUUCUCUGCCUGUGCCAUCUGUCAACACAUUAAAUGAUUGUUUAAAACUUGGUCUGUGUCAGCAUGCUGUCUGUUUAUUCACAUAUAUAUUAUUUUUAACUAUAAUAAAAUGUAUAUAGUUACCUUUGAAAUACUAUGUUGUUA